AUGGCGACUCCACGGCUCAUACCCAUCGUCCUUCUCUUCCUGUUCGUCGGCUCGUGCACAGCCCACAUGACGCCAUCAACCCUGGCGGGCCGUUCUAAGCUCAACAAACCCACUCCUCCUAAACCCGCACAUGGCCGCGACACCACCGCUUAUAGAGUCGCUCCAGUGACUCCGAAGACUGUCCUCGCGGCAAAUGAUCCAGAUUCAAGCGAUUCUGGCGCGCCAAAAGACGCGUCAAGUGUUCCGUCUGAAGUGAAGUCUGGUCCCGUGCUUCCUCCGCGUGCUCCCCCUCACCAUGUCGACUAUGUCAAGGAUGCGGGGAACAAUGGCCUGGGCGCUGAACCGGCGGGCACGGGCGCGGCUAAGGUCGCACCGAAGAAUGUGAAGGGCGAACCGAACAAGAUCGCAGCCAAGGGCGCGGCGGGAAUGGUUGCACCGAACAAGGUCUCGGCGGACAAAGGCGCAGCAGGCAAGAGCGCGAUUAACAACGGCGCACCGAAGAAGGUCGUGAACAAGGGCGCGGCGGGAACGGUCACACCGACCAAGGGCGCAGCGGAAAAAGGCGCAGACAGCUUGAAGGGCACGGUCAGCAACGGCGCACCAAAGAAGGCCGCAGCCAAGGGUGCGGCGGGAAUGGUCGCACCGAGAAAGGGCGCGGCGGACAAAGACGCAGGCAAGGGCGCGGCUAAAAACGGCGCACCGAACAAGAUCGCAGCCAAGGGUACGGGGGGAUUGGUUGCACCGAACAAGGGCACGGCGGCGACGAACAAGGGCGCGGAGAACAAGGUCCAACCGCCGCGCCCGCACGCCGUCCGUCCUCACACGGCGCCGGUGCCUGCCGCGAGUCACAUCGCCAAGAACCACCCUGAUGCUGCGACGAUGGGAGCAAGCAGCAACAAACCCGGCGUGCGUCCUCACAUGGCGACUGCCGAGGACGUGGCGAUCGUUCCCCAGGCGCCGGCGCCGACGACUGCUGCGAGUCACAUCGCCAAUAAUCACCCUGCUGCUGCGACGAUGGGAGCAAGCAGCAACCAUCAUCCUGCUGGAUCGAACGCACAGCACGCCGCCCGUCCUCACAUCAUGCGGACGGCUGAGGACGUGGCGAUCCAUGGUGAGGCUAAGACGGCACCAGGCAGGAAUGCGGCACUUGCCCCGUCAAACGCGCAAUCACCGCGCCAACACGACGCGCGCCCUCACAUGGCGACAGAAGAGGACGUGGCGAUCCAUGGUGGCGCUAAGACGGCACCAGAAAAUGCGAAACUUGCCUCAUCAAACGCACAUGGCGCGCACCCUCACAUGGCAACGGCCAAUGACGUGGUGAUCGCAGAGGCAUGGAGGAAUGUGGUGGCUGAUGAUGAGGAUGAUGAUGAUGAUGAUGAUGAGAAGGACGGCAGCGAUGAGGAUGGUGAUGAUAGUGACGAUGAUGAGAAGGACAAUGAUGACAGCCGCAAUGAUAGUGACAAGGACGAUGACACCGAGAAUGACGACGAGAACAAUGAGAAGGAUGGUGGAAAGAAGGAUGAUGAUGAAAAGGAUGAUGGCAAGGGUGGUGAGAAGGACGUUGAGAAGAACGGCAGCGAUGACAACGGCGAUGAUCAUGGCAAGGACAAGAAUGAGAAGGACGAUGACAAGGACGAUGAGGACGACAAUGAGAAGGACAAUGGCAAGGAUGAUGACAAGGAUGAUCAUGGCAAGGACAGUGAUGAGAAGGAUGAUGGCAAGGACCAUGAUGAGGACGAUCAUGCAAAGGACAAGGACACUGGCAAGGGCAAGAACAACUUGUUGUUGAGUGACAACGACAGAGACAAUGACAAUGAAGAUGAGAAGGACAACGACAACGAUGCGCGCACUGGGUUGCACAAGGCACAGCAGUUCCACAUGGCAACGAGCAGCAAUGUGACCAUAACUCACAGGGGCGAGACUCAGGGCACAGUCAAGGGAGCACCCUCCCACUUGGCUCGCUUCAGCAACAACAAUGGCUGGGACAAUCAGCGCACUGGGCUCCAUAAGGCACAGCAGUUCCGCAUGGCGACAGCCAGCGAUGUGGCCAUUCACAGGAGCAGGUCGCAAGGCAGGAACAGUGGUGUGAACUACAGGAGUGGGCUCGACAAGGCACCGGAGUUUCGCAUGGCGACAGCCAGGGAUGUGGCCAUUCACAGGAGUGGGAUGCAAGGCACGGGCCGUGGUGUGAACCAUGGGAGUGGGCUCGAUAGGGCACAGCGAUUCCGCAUGGCGACAAGCAGCGAUGUGGCCCUUCACAGGAGCGGAAUUCAAGGUGCGAACCGUGGUGUGAACUAUGAGGGUGAGCAGCUGGGUGCUGUUGCUUCUAUGCAAUGCUUCGGGAAGCUAAGCUUGUCCGCCAUGGAUCGCGAAUGGGGGAGCAAGCCCGGAAGCGGCGGCGCCGCGUCCGCGCAGAGCGAGGCGAUUGACCGCCGCGAGCGGCUGCGACGGCUGGCUCUCGAAACCAUCGACCUCGCGAAGGAUCCCUACUUCAUGCGGAACCACCUCGGAAGCUACGAGUGCAAGCUCUGCUUGACUCUCCACAACAACGAGGGAAACUACCUUGCACACACGCAGGGGAAGCGCCACCAGCAGAACCUGGCGAAGCGAGCAGCCAAGGAGGCGCAGGAGGCGCCGGCGCUGCCGCAACCCGCUCGCCCCCGAGUGAACCCGCGGAAGACAGUGAAGAUCGGUCGACCCGGUUACCGUGUUACCAAGCAGUUCGACCCAGAGACGCAUCAACGCUCGCUACUCUUCCAGAUUGAGUAUCCAGAGAUAGAGGACGGGGUGAAGCCACGCCACCGCUUUAUGUCUUCCUAUGAGCAGCGAGUCGAGUCAUGGGACAAGAACUUUCAGUACCUGCUGUUUGCAGCAGAGCCCUACGAGAUUAUAGCUUUCAAGAUUCCCAGCACAGAAAUCGACAAGACCCCAUCCAAGUUCUUCUCGCACUGGAACCCUGACACCAAGACGUUCACACUUCAGCUUUACUUCAAGCCCCGCCCAGUCGCCCCCACCAACCCCAACGCACAUCUCCUCCCCUCCUCCAUGCCUCCCCAUCCCCACCCCCCUCCCCCUCCUCUCUCCUCCCGCCCACCUCCCCCCACCGCCCCCUCCACCCGCCCAACUCCCCCUUCCUACCCUUCCUCCAUGCCCCCUCCGCCUCCUCCCCCGUCCGCCAUGCCCCCCCCUCCCCCUCCAAGCGGAUACGCUCCCCCUCCUCCCCCAAGCGGGUAUGCUCCCCCUCCCCCUCCCCCUCAGGGGGGGCAGUAUGGGGGGGGAGGCGGACCCCCACCCCCACCGCAGCAGCCGCAAGGGGGAAUGUACUCUGCUGUUCCCCCGCCUCCCCCUGCUGCGCCAGGGGGGUACCAGCCCCCUCCACCGCCACCACCAACCCAGUAG